GAUGCUCAGCGUCACUGAGGGCUCGCAUGUCUCGGAGACAAGCAGCAGCUGACAUGUGUGAGGCAUUAGCCCUGUCUGCGCUCCCUGGCGCAACGUGAAGCCCCAGGGAGUUUCCCUUUUAAAGAGGUGGCCCUUCCCCGCUGGAGAACUCACGAACAGGCUGCCCUGCUCCCUGGGUUUCAGCCGCAGGGACCAAAGCCCCACUUGUACCCCUGACCUACUCUUGCAGGCGCAGCGGCUCCAUCCAACGUGCACUGACCAACACAGGGGUGCUGAGGCAGCUGUGGAAACAGAUCUCCGGGGACCUUGUAAUGUUGACCGCCUGGUGGUUCUGGCCCCUCGUGGCCACCUGUGCUGCGGACUCAUUCCGAGAGCAGGCCGAGAGAAUCAUGCAGACCACGCCUGUCAUUGAUGGGCAUAAUGACCUGCCCUGGCAGCUGCUGAAGUUGUUCAACAACCAGCUGCGGGACCAGAGAGCCAACCUGAGCGCACUGGACAGCACACACACCAACAUCCCCAAGCUGAAGGCUGGAUUUGUUGGGGGCCAGUUCUGGUCUGCGUAUGUGCCCUGUGACACCCAAAACAAAGACGCCGUGAAGAGGACACUGGAGCAGAUGGAUGUUGUACACCGCAUGUGCCAGCUAUACCCGGAGACGUUCCUGUGUGUCACCAACAGUGCAGGCAUCCAACAAGCCUUUCAGGAGAAGAAGGUGGCCAGUCUGAUUGGUGUGGAGGGUGGCCACUCCAUCGACAGCAGCCUGGGUGUCCUGAGGGUGCUUUACCACCUGGGCAUGCGGUACCUGACGCUCACCCACAGCUGCAACACACCCUGGGCUGACAACUGGUUGGUGGACACAGGAGAUGACAAGGCUGAGAGCCAAGGACUGUCACCUUUUGGGAAGCGAGUGGUGAAGGAGAUGAACCGCUUGGGUGUCAUGAUCGACCUGGCCCAUGUAUCUGUGGCCACCAUGAAGGCUGCUUUGCAAGUGUCCACGGCCCCAGUCAUCUUCAGCCACUCCUCGGCCUACAGCUUGUGUGCGAGCAAACGGAAUGUACCAGAUGAUGUGCUCCAGCUGGUGAAGGACACGGAGAGCCUGGUGAUGGUGAACUUCUACAAUGACUAUGUGUCCUGCACAGAAAAGGCCACCCUGUCCCAAGUGGCUGACCAUCUGGAUUACAUCAAGAAGGUGGCAGGUGCUGGGGCUGUUGGUCUUGGAGGGGACUUUGAUGGUGUUACCAGGCUCCCAGUGGGACUGGAAGAUGUCUCUAAGUACCCAGACCUGAUUGCGGAGCUGCUUAGGAGACACUGGACAGAAGCGGAAAUCAGAGGCCUGCUGGCUGACAACCUGCUGAGGGUCUUCAAGGCUGUGGAGAAGGCAAGUAAUCACUUGCAAGCUCCUGAGGAGGAGCCCAUCACUCUGGACCUGCUGGACGGCUCCUGCAGGACGCAGUAUGGCUACUCAGAGGCCCCUGGCCUCCACCACCAGUCAGAGGCUCUGCUGGUCUCCAUGGCUUCCCUGCUCUUCGGUCUGCAUUUUCUGUGAUGUCUUUGGGGGCGGGGGGAUCAGAACCAACUUCAGUACUCCUAGAGCUCAGGGAAGAUUAGCAGAGCCAAGAGCCCCUGGUGCCCAUGUACAAAGCCCACCCUCUCCUGAGCAGGCACUGGGCUUGCCUGGGGACAGCUCAGGACAUGGUUAGACAAGGGAUCCUCCAUAAAUACAAUGAUCUCUUCAAGCCCUAA